AGUUAGGAUUGAAAGCGUUUUAAGCAAAAUGUAUGAAUAAGAAGAGCAAGGAUAACGCUACUGAUAAACUAUAAGUUAUAAUGGUAAUGCAGCUAUAGUAUAAGAAAGAUAUUUAAUUCACCCCCAAAAUAAGCGAAAUUUCCGAAAGCUUGAAUGAAUGUAACUUAUUUAUCCUCACAUGGCGAGGCAACGUUAUAACACGGAUGCUCGGUUUCAUACACCCUGUACCCGCUUACGAUUAACGUAUAUGUUUUAUUGUAAUGCAUGGCUGGUAAUUUGGUCAUCCCCAAAUUCCCCCAAAACGUUUUCUUAACGAAUACGCGUCAGUAUCAUCUUACACGUACGCAGGCCACAGGUAAUGGGCGUGUUAGGGGCAUGGCGAGGGCAUGUCAACGCUGAAUCUUGUUGUACAAACCGAAUCUAGCACUCUAGGGACGUUAAACAGCUGUCAUGUAGCGGUAACUCAUAUAGGUACAAAGGUUGUACGUUUAAUACCUUGGUAUACAACAUUUUAAGCUUUAAAUACGAACUUUCAAGUAAAUAUGACGUGCUAACAAUGUCAAAGACGUUGGGACGAGAUAUUACAUAUUUGCAAAGUAAACAGGCGUCUACAUAUGCCAGCCAAUAAGUCUAGUAUUACAGUCAGGCUUGAAAAACCAUUGAGAAAAAAGGGACAUCCGUUUGGUAUGUAUGCGUCGGCGUGGUAGACGCAUGAUAGCGGGUAACGGUCGUUGACUGACUAUAGGACGUAAGAAGGAGAGUUACGCAAUCUGAGUUAGACCGCAUUUUUCAGAGUGGAACUUAGUUUGAUACACUGCUAGAGUUUACUGCCGAGUUGCUUAGCUGUUCUUGCGCAAUAAUAAAGCUUGUUAAGUCACAAUGGAGUCAACAUUUAUGCCAACAACGUCGUUUCAAGUCACGACGGAGGCAGCAUGGUCCAAUGAAUCGUUGUUGUGGAUACUUAUUACUGGAUUCAUAAUAGCAUUUGUUCUUGCGUUUGCCGUUGGCGCUAACGACGUUGCUAACAGCUUUGGGACAGCAGUAGGAGCCAAAGUACUCACCCUAAAACAGGCAUGCGUUCUUGCGACGAUCUUUGAGACUGCUGGGGCUGUUUUGCUUGGGGCCAAAGUCGGCGAAACGAUCCGGAAAGGCAUCAUUGACGUCACAGUAUACGAUGACGUCACUAAUGGCGUCACAAUCCUAAUGUUGGGAGAACUGAGCGCAAUGUUUGGAUCCGCAGUUUGGCAGUUGGUCGCUACCCGGUUCAGACUUCCCGUUUCCGGCACGCACAGCAUUGUGGGAUCGUGUAUUGGAUUCUCAUUGGUCGCCGUGGGGUCAACCGGAGUCAACUGGCCGAAACUCGGUUUAAUUGUGGCCAGUUGGUUCAUAUCCCCUGUGUUGUCGGGAGGUCUUACUGUUCUAUUAUUCCUCUUUGUUAACUACACGAUACUAGCGAAGGAGAACCCGCUUAAAAAUGGCCUUCUUCUUCUGCCUUUCUUUUACGCCAUCACAAUCGGCAUCAACACGUUUUCCAUCGUGUACUCUGGCGCACCAUUAUUAGGAUUGGAUCACCUUCCAGUCUGGGCAUCCGUGCUAAUUUCCCUCGGCUUCGCUUUGCUAACGGGUGUGUUGGUUGUACUGCUGGCAGUUCCAAGAAUUAGAAGUCGCGCCAAAACAGCGCUAACAGAAUACGAGAAGUCGGAAGACAGCGUUCGGUUGAACGAGAAAUUGGACAACAGAUUUGACGACUCCGGAUACCAAACACCGAACGAUAAGAACCAAAAUACCCCAGAGUCCAGUAGCCUGAUAGAGAAAGUGUGUACCCUGCCUGAAGAAACGGAGUUCAGGCUUCAACUGGAUAGUAAUGGUUCUAUGUUUUCACGAGGCUCCCAACCUGGUAUGAGUGGCACAGAAUGCACAAAACGCCCCAAUGGACCUGAGGCUGGAAAUGUGCCAAAUACGGAGAUUUGGACAAACUCUGAAGCGAACAACAACACCAACAAAGACGUUGAAAUUGAAAGUACAGAAGAGAACGAAGUUGACGACGGCCCUGCGGUUCGUGAGUUGUUUUCGUCACUUCAAGUUCUCACCGCUUGCUUUGCUAGCUUUGCUCACGGUGGUAACGACGUCAGCAACGCUAUCGGACCCCUUAUAGCUUUAUGGAUUGUGUUUUGGUCUGGUGAGGUCGUCCAAAAAGCGUUCACACCAUGGUACCUUCUUAUGUAUGGGGGAUUCGGUAUCUGUAUCGGCUUAUGGUUGUUGGGGCGUCGUGUUAUCGAAACUAUUGGUAGCAAUCUUACUAAAGUUACUCCUUCAAGAGGGUUCUGCAUUGAACUGAUGACCGCAUUGACAGUGCUGGUCGCAUCCAACGUCGGUCUGCCUGUUUCCACCACGCAUUGUAAGGUCGGAUCCGUCGUUUCUAUUGGCUGGUUCAGAUCUCGUUCGGCCGUUGAUUGGUCAUUAGUUGGCAACAUAGCUGUCGCGUGGUUUGUAACUGUUCCUGUAUCUGGAUUGCUGAGUGCUGGUGUAAUGUGGGUGCUAAUGCAAGUUGCGUUGUAGACAACAAUUUAACUUCAACUGUCUUAAUAGGGAUUUAUAAUAUGUUGGGGUAAGAUGGUUUUCAUUCUCUUUUUUUCGUCCCAUUUGGUACUGGACGAAGAAUAUUUACAGAACUAUGUAACCGUAUCUUUAAGACUCUAAAAUAGCGUUGUUAUGUGUUACAAACAUGAUUAUGAAAUAUAGGAUAUUACGUGGUAACGGUAUCCAUCUUACCCCACAGUACCACGCUUAGUAUGUACUAUCACACACAGUACUAUGUUUACUACCUUACUGUGCUGCUCGUUUAAAAUUUAAACACAGUAUAUCAGAGUAAUAAUUUGUCGCAUUACAGAGUAAGCUCGUUUUAAACAGAGAACUAACUAUUUUUAAGAGGGUAAUAGUAAACGAUAGGUAUUUUGUUUUAUUUUUACAUAAACUCAACUUUUUUGUUUCAUUUGUAAAAAAACGACGACGACGCUGUUACGAAAGUUAUUGUGUCAAAAAAACAUUUAUUUUUAACUGCAUUGUGUUAUUCGCACUAUUAUUAUACUGUCACGUUAAAAAUACAAAAAAUAAUGAAAUUGAAAUUACGAAGAA